AUGUCUUUCCAUAUUUCUUUUGAUAAAUCAAAGAAACACCCCGCUCAUUUGCAGCUAGCAAACAAUUUGAAGAUUGCCCUAGCGCUCGAAUUUGCAAGCAAAAAUUUAAAGCUUGAAGUUGACAAUGAUAACGCAACCAUGGAAUUGCGCAAUGCAAAGGAACCGUUCUUCUUAUUUGAUGCUAAUGCUAUUCUAAGAUACGUCAUGGAAGAUUUUGAAGGUCAAACUUCUGACAAGUACCAAUUUGCAUUGGCAUCUUUACAAAACCUGUUAUAUCAUGAAGAAUUACCUCAACAACAUGUAGAGGUUUUGACAAAUAAGGCCAUUGAAAACUACUUGAUCGAAUUGAAAGAACCAUUAACUGCUACAGAUUUGAUUCUGUUUGCUAAUGUUUAUGCAUUAGAUUCUUCUUUGGUCCAAUCUAAAUUCCCAGAAUUACCAUCUAAAGUUCACAACGCUGUAGCGUUGGCUCAAAAGCAUAUUCCGCGCGAUUCUUCUUCCUUCAAAAAUAUCGGUGCAGUGAAAAUCCAAUCCAACUUAACGGUUAAGCCAAAGGAUGCUGAAAUCUUGCCCAAGCCAAACGAAAGGAACAUCUUGAUCACUUCAGCAUUACCUUAUGUCAACAACGUUCCACACUUGGGUAAUAUUAUUGGUAGUGUUCUCUCAGCCGACAUUUUUGCUCGUUACUGUAAAGGACGUAACUAUAAUGCCUUGUUUAUUUGUGGUACUGACGAAUAUGGUACUGCUACGGAAACCAAAGCCUUGGAGGAAGGUGUGACACCAAGACAACUGUGUGACAAAUACCAUAAGAUUCACAGUGAUGUUUACAAGUGGUUCCAAAUUGGAUUCGAUUAUUUUGGUAGAACUACGACGAAGCAGCAAACAGAAAUUGCUCAAGAUAUUUUCACGAAGCUAAAUUCAAACGGUUACCUAGAAGAACAAUCUAUGAAGCAAUUGUACUGUCCAGUGCAUAAUUCUUAUCUGGCUGAUCGUUAUGUAGAAGGUGAAUGCCCAAAAUGUCACUACGAUGAUGCUCGUGGUGACCAAUGUGACAAGUGUGGCACUUUAUUAGAUCCAUUUGAAUUGAUCAACCCACGCUGUAAAUUAGAUGAUGCGUCUCCAGAACCCAAAUAUUCCGAUCAUAUUUUUCUAUCGUUGGACAAGUUGGAAAGUCAGAUUUCCGAAUGGGUUGGAAAGGCUUCUGAAGAAGGUAACUGGUCAAAAAAUUCAAAAACAAUUACUCAAUCAUGGUUAAAGGAUGGUUUGAAGCCUCGUUGUAUUACAAGAGAUUUGGUUUGGGGUACACCAGUGCCUUUAGAAAAAUAUAAAGACAAAGUCUUGUAUGUUUGGUUUGACGCCACAAUCGGUUAUCUUUCCAUCACUUCUAACUACACCAAGGAAUGGAAACAAUGGUGGAAGAAUCCAGAACAUGUUUCAUUAUAUCAGUUCAUGGGUAAAGACAAUGUUCCUUUCCAUACAGUUGUUUUCCCUGGUUCUCAAUUGGGUACAGAAGAGAACUGGACCAUGUUGCACCAUUUGAACACUACAGAAUAUUUACAAUAUGAAAACGGUAAAUUUUCCAAAAGUAGGGGUAUUGGUGUCUUUGGUAACAAUGCUCAAGAUUCUGGCAUUUCUCCAAGUGUUUGGAGAUACUACUUGGCAUCCGUUAGACCAGAAUCUAGUGAUUCUCAUUUCUCAUGGGACGACUUUGUUGCCAGAAACAACAGUGAAUUGUUGGCUAACUUGGGUAACUUUGUUAACAGAUUAAUUAAGUUUGUUAAUGCCAAAUACAAUGGUGUUGUUGCCAAAUUUGACCCUAAGAAGGUUUCCGAUUAUGAUGGCCUAGUCAAGGAUAUCGAUGAAAUUUUAUCAAGUUAUAUCAAAGAAAUGGAACUUGGACAUGAAAGACGUGGUUUAGAAAUUGCCAUGUCGUUAAGUGCUCGUGGUAACCAGUUUUUGCAAGAAAAUAAGCUGGACAAUACCCUGUUUUCACAGUCUCCAGAAAAGUCAGACGCUGUUGUCGCAGUCGGUUUGAAUAUUAUUUAUGCUGUUAGCUCUAUUAUCACACCAUAUAUGCCAGAAAUAGGUGAAAAAAUAAACAAAAUGUUGAAUGCUCCAGCUUUAAGAAUUGAUGAUAGAUUCCAUUUGGCUAUUCUUGAAGGACAUAAUAUCAAUAAGGCAGAAUAUUUAUUCCAACGUAUUGACGAAAAGAAAAUUGGUGAAUGGAGAGCCAAAUAUGGUGGUCAACAAGUAUAA